AUCGACGCUGAGGGCGGUUGGUGCGCGGACGAAGCCGGAACAUGAAACGCUCCGUGUUGGUUCAGCUGAUAGCGGUUGCCGCCUGCGUGCUGCUGGUGACAUCCGCACCGGCGGCGCCGCUAGGGGCCAAUCUUGACGUGACCCCGAGAGCGAGUCCGGACACCGCGGCGCCGAAAGGUCACAAGUUGGGCCGCCAGAGAAUGCAGAGGUCGUUUGAAGGCCACCCUCUGCCGAACGGCUUGUUGGUGCAGGACGGCGAAGACGAAGUCGCGCCUGCGAACGACAUUCACCACGGCGAGCCGAAGCGGAGAGCCGUCGGACAGAUUUCCACGGAGACCCCUCCACCUGGGCUGUGGCUGGUCUCGCCUGACGCGGAGUCUGAGGCAGACGCUGCCAGCAGUGACGCCGUCGACUACCGCACCGAGCGCUACCACAUAUCGGAUCUCUUCGAGGAGGGAAGGGGAUGAUGAGGUGCACGUGGAAACGAUGCGAACUAGCUGCGUGCUGCGAACUGGACUAGCCGCGUGCUGCGAACUGGACUCGCCGCGUGCUGCGAACUGGGCUAGCCGCGUGCUAGGCCCGGAAGGCUAGCGCGCUGUGUGUGAAGAACUGCGCUGUGGUGUGGUUUGGUGUGCUCCUGGCGCGCUGAAGCACCGUGUUAAUUGUACUCGCGAGUGGUGUUGUAACGGUGGUGAUCAUGGUGACGUUUGGUGUUAAGAUCAGCCAUACGACUUCCUAGAUUCAGCUGCUAAGUUUCCUUUCCUUUGAGUUGAUUUCCAGCAAACGGACCAUGUUUAUUAAACUUAAUGGACGUUAAAUAGUUGAGAAUGGACAACAUCAGUACAGGCAAACAGUAGCACAGGUAAGACGGCGGAAGUGGUCCCGUCAUUUGUUUUCGUUAAGUUUAAAAAAAUUGUGACGCACGCGGCGUCAUCGGCAAUGACGCCGCGCUUGAACCAUACCCCCCCCCCCCCUCCAAAAAAAAUGUUUUGAAGCUCAGGAAUAAGAUCGUGUGAGGCCUAACAAUGAUUUGGUAAAAACUUGGUGUUAACAAUUUGAAUAUCUGUCUGUGUUCUCUGAUCUAGCAAUUCUCAUUAUUUCCCUCAUUCUGCACAAUGCCACGACAAAACCAUAGUGUGAGAUCACAAUUAUUAUUCUGACAGCUAUCGACAUUCACUGUACCAGGAGGUUCAAAGUAAGCGAAGUUAUCGAUCACACAUUGGUUUUGUUUUCAAUAGCCGGCGUAUUGAAGCCGUGCUCGUGGUCACAAGAGACUAUAAGUGUGCGCAGUUUCGAAACGUUUGGUAUUGACAUUGCUAUCAAUGUUUGCUUUAUAACGUCGUUUAACCAGUAUCACGUGGCGUAAUGAGGGUCGAAAAUCCUCAGCAUAAGAACGCUUAUCUCACAAUAACGAGUAACCAAGACCUCAAGGCCUUUCUUCGUCAUAUCAUGAACAAAACAGCGAUCAAAUCAAUGGUACUGACUGACGGGAGACACUGUUAAGAUGGAUUGGCAGGGAAUCGUCCGCAGCACGUUGGCUGCCUGAAAUGAAAACGACAGCUCUUGUUAGAGCUGCAGUUGUUGUUGACCUAUUUGUGCAACAAUAACUGGAGUAUUUCAUCACGGAAUUUCAUAUGAAGGUGAAAUAUUCCGCUACAGUUGUGACGCAAGCGAUUGCGCGUCAGCUGACCGUCGCAAAGCGCUUGGCAUCGCGUGCGAUUCCGUGAUAUUUCGAUCAUGGUGCUUGUAUUACGCAGUGAAGAUUGAACCGUGUUACCGAGUGCAUUGUUUGCUGAGCCGAUGGACCGUGUCGUGUGUGGAG